AUGAGUAGUAUACGUAAUGUGCCAGUCGAUAUUGCAUCGACUCGUAUUUUACAGUAUCUUCGAACUCAUAAUUAUAAUGAUUGUGCUAUUUAUAUUAAUCGUCUUAAUUCAAAUACAUUCCGUAAAAUCUUAAACACUGAUUUACCCAUCGAUACUUUACUCGCUCAGUUACCAUUUUCGAUUGAAAUAUUUGAAGUAAUCUAUUCAAAAAUAUUUAUCAUUGAUCCAGAUACAUUUCCUCUUCGAAUACUUAAACCUGAACGACUUAUAUCAAAGAUGAUUAGUAUUUUUUCAUUAUCAAUGCAUGAUAAUACACUAUCAAUAUCUAAUACAUCAAUAUCUAAAGAACAAUAUACUGAUGAUGAAUUUGUAUUAAGUAAUCUUGCUAGUAUACUACGUAUUAUAUCUUAUAUUCAACCAAUAUUAUUUAAACGUCUUUUACGUCAAAAAGAAACUAUUGAUGAAUGUAUACUUUAUUUUGAACAACGUCACUCCAAUAUAAUAAAUAUUUCAACAUUAAGAAAAUCUACAUCAUUAACACAUAUUAACCUUCAAGAAACUUUAUGUCAUGAAUUAGAAUCAACAAUUAUUUAUUGUCAACAAGCAUUACAUAAACUUGGAACCAAAGUAAUUACAAUGCCUCGAACUUCAUCAUCAGCUCAUUCGACACCAUCUUUACCAAAAAAGAAAACUUCAAUACGUACAUCAACAUCAGUAAUAUCAUCUAUAACAACUGCUUCAACGGCUAAUUCACUAGAUGAUAUACAAAAUCGUCUUUAUCAACAUACAGCAGUAUUAAAUUUAAUUGAACCAUAUUUAUCACGUUCAAAACUAUAUACAAUUGUAAAUAAUCUUACUUAUAAAGUUUCAAUGGAUAAACAAAUUUUAUUAGCAUAUGCUCAUAUUAAAACACAUGAAAAACAAAUACCUAUUAGUGAACCUUUAUUACCAUUAUUUAAACGAUUUGCAUUCGCUUAUGAACGUAUUAUUCAAUUGUGGAGACGCGUAACUGACAGUACGUUGAUCGACGAAUGCACGGAUGAUAUUGUGAUUGACGAUACAACUGUUAAAGGUGUAAGUGGUAUGGGUGGAAUAUGUUAUGAACGAACACUAACUCAAAACGAUUUUCCACUUUAUAAAGAUGAUAUGGCUGUCAAAGAUGGAUUAAUAGCAUUAUAG